AUGUCCGACGACAGAAGCCAGAACAAAGUUUGCCUCAUCGUGAUCGAUGGAUGGGGCAUCCGUGAGGAAAAGCAUGGUAAUGCUAUCGCCAAUGGAAACACCCCAGUGAUGGACAAGUUGUGCAGUGGAAACUGGACCCAACUUGAAGCUUCUGGCCAUCAUGUUGGUCUUCAUCGCGGUUUGAUGGGAAACUCCGAAGUUGGUCACUUGAACAUUGGAGCUGGACGUGUUAUGGCUCAGGUAAGGUUUCUUUGAAGUGUUUUUUGUGUUUAGGUACGCAUUGAAUUGGAAUUGGAAGGAAUGUGAGACAAAACCGAAGGCUUAUAUUGUGUUAGGUGUAGUGGAAGGAAAACUGGUGUUUUUGGACUAUGGUUCUAUGUUUUUUAAUCUAAAAUAAAGUUUUUAAGUCAUAUUAGAUCUAUUUAAAAUUAUUCUAGCCGAAAACUUAAAAAAUUUGGCAGGAAGACACAUUUUUGCUUGUUUUCGGUCAUUUACACGAUGGAUAACAUCGUUUUUCUUUAAAAGUUACGCUUUUCCUUCAAAAGUUAAGUUAUUUCUUGCAGGACAUUGUGAGGAUCGACAAUUCCAUUGAGGACAAGUCUCUGGUCAAGAACGAAACCUUGGUAGCUGCCGCAAAUCGUGCUAAGGAGAAUGGAGGUCGUCUACAUCUAUGUGGCUUGGUUAGCGAUGGCGGUGUUCACUCGCACAUCCGACAUCUCUUUGCAUUGUUAGAGGCAUUGAAGGAGCUUGGUGUUCCACAUGUAUACGUUCACUUCUAUGGUGAUGGACGUGAUACCGCGCCAAUGAGCGGAGGUGGGUUCUAUAAUAUAUUUUGUUUUGGGUUUUUAGGUAUACUUUUAGUUUCUUCAUGUGUUUAAGCUUUUGGACUUGAAGUUUGUGGACUUUUAAGUUUAGUUUUUAAGUUUAAGAGCUUAGGUCUUUAAAGUUUUGACUUAUUUUGUAAUUUCAGCCGGCUAUCUACAACAACUAAUCGACUUUACAAAAAAGCUCGGCUACGGAGAAUUGGCCACAAUUGUGGGCCGCUACUACGCUAUGGACCGUGACACACGAUGGGAAAGAACCUGUGUAGCUUACGAUGCCAUGGUCGCCAAUCAGGGCGAGGAAUCGACCGUCGACAAGGCUGUGGACGUUGUGAAGGCACGUUAUGAAGAAAAAGAAACUGAUGAAUUCUUGAAACCAAUAGUCUUCGGCCAAGAAUCCAGAGUGAAGGAGAAUGACACGAUUCUGUUCUUCAACUACCGUGCCGACAGAAUGCGUCAAAUCUCCGAGACAUUCGGUUGCGAACGAUGGAAGAGCAUUGGCUCCAAGUUCGACCAUCCCAAGAACCUGAAGGUCUUUGGUAUGACACAAUACAAGAAGGAGUUCAACCUGCCUGUCCUGUUCCCGCCCGUCUCCAGUGACAAUGUUUUGGCCGAAUGGUUGGCGAAGCAGAAGCUAACUCAAUAUCACUGUGCCGGUAUGUUGUUUUAGGUUUUUAUUUUUAGUUUAGGAUCAAUAAUGACAUAUUUUGUCGAAUUAUGACAUUUUUUAUGGGAUUUAUGACAUUUAUUAUCUAAUUUAUGAAUUUUGUUUAGAAACAGAGAAGUACGCUCAUGUAACGUUCUUUUUCAAUGGAGGCCGUGAAGUCCAGUUCGAAGGCGAAGAACGAUGCAUGGUACCAUCGCCAAAAGAGGUACCAACGUACGAUCAUAAGCCGGAAAUGAAUGCAGCUGGUGUUGGUGAUAAGGUAAAGGCUAAUUUUUGUUUUAACGCUAAUUUUUGUUACCUAAACUUCUAAAACUUAAGUUUUUUGAAUGUUUUUUUACCUAAAGAUAAAAAUUUUGAUUUUUAAGUUAGCUUUUUUGAAAGUUAUAAUGAUAUUUUAGAUGGUAGAGCAGAUUGAGUCAGGAAAGCACAGGUUUAUUAUGUGCAAUUUUGCACCACCAGACAUGGUCGGUCAUACUGGAGUGUACGAAGCUGCUGUCAAGGCUUGUGAGGCUACUGGUAAGUUUUUCUUUGUUUUAUGAAGAAAGUUCUUGCCAUUUUUUAUUUUUGUAAAGAAAGUUUUUGUCAUUUUUUGCUUUUAUAAAGAAAGUUUUUGCAAUUUCCUUGUAAAGUUAUAAAAAUUGGAGAUUUGCAGACUGCGGGUGCCAAUUUAUACGAUGAAUAGCAUAUUUUUCCACUUUUUUGUAGUUGUAAAGAAAGUUCCCGUCAUUUCUAUACAUUCCUUUUUAGACGUUGCGAUCGGCCGCAUCUACGACGCCUGCCAGAAACACGGCUACAUCUGUAUGGUCACGGCCGAUCACGGUAACGCGGAAAAAAUGAUUGCCGACGAUGGAGGCAGAUUUACUGCCCAUACCUGCUACAAAGUACCAUUUACAUGCUCGUCGGACAAGUACCAACUAAAACAAAGCCUGCCGGAUCGAGAACCAGCUUUAAGAGAUGUCGCGACCACUGUCCUAAGCCUAUUAGGGUUACCAUUGCCUCAGGAGAUGACUGGCGCUGCUCUGGUCUAA